AAUUUUCUCAUGUCUCAUUCGUAAACAACAGAGUACCCGGAGUCUUUGCUUUCUGUUUAUUUUUUAUCAAGUAUUGCUUUUUGGCCUUUAUAUUCGCUUCGUUGGGACGUUUUUCAUUUUUGUUUCCCAAUUGGUUUUCGGCUGUGGCCCUAAUGCAUACCUUAGUGAUAAUACCAGUCAAAAGGAAGAAUUGCUGCGAGUGCUUCUAGCCACAUCUGCUGGUGGACAUAAGCCCAUAACACUACUGGAACAGUGUACCAAUUUAUUGCAGCAGGAGUCAUAUAAAAUGUAAUAAUACAUUUAAAGUAAAUAAUGUACAAUAAAUCAUUGUGCCGCCUGUGCGUGUCCUCGCAAUCAGAAUAUAAAAGCCUGUAUGACGACAAUGGCCAAGGAAAUGAAGUUUACGAAAUUACUCUGAAAUAUUUUGAUCCAAUAUUACUAAGUCCUGCAAAUGAACAGGAUUCAAAAGUUAUAUGCUUGGAAUGCUGGCAUCAUAUCAGUGAAUUUUAUGGUUUUCAACAAUCAGUGCUUCAGGCUCAAGCCGUACUGCAGGCCCAGUUGGAGAACGAUGUUAAACAGCUAGUUCCUGAAGUUAAGUUGGAAGAGGAGGUAUUGCAGGAACCACUACAAAUCAGAGAGAUAGCUACAGCGGAAAUUCCAAUUUUUAAUGAUAGCCUUAAGAAUGAAAAUAUCACCUCAGAUAAACAUGACUUUGGCAGCGACUAUGAAGAUGACUUUAGGGAUGACAACCCAUUCUCCACUGAUGACGAUGAAAAGCCUCUUAUAGAACACAUAAAUAGAUUGAAAAAUAAAAGUAAGACGAAUAAGCAACAAAAUAAUGACAAAUCAUUAGAGACGCCGAUGGCUGUUAGGAAGCCAAGAAAACCUAGAAGCCCAAAUAAGAACAAAAAACAAAAGGAGACAGAACAUACAACCAAUAGAAGACGGAAAGGAAGGCCUAAGAAAUUACAAAUUGAGCAUGUGGAAGAUCAAAUCAACGACCCCAAUGCUUGCGCUAAUGAAAUGGAAGAUGAUGACGGUUCUAAUAGUGAGAAGAAAUCCGUAAAGGAGAAAACAAAAGAAUGUGAUGAAUUUAUUGCACAAUGGAAACAAGAAUUGGAAUGUGUAUGUUGUCCAACAACGGUUGCAAAUUUUACACUACUUCGCAAACACUUUCGACUAAUGCACCCAACAGAAAAAUGCUACGUUAUAUGCUGUCAGAGGAAAUUUUACCAUCGAUUUCACAUUGUCGAACAUAUACGACUACAUAUUAAUCCUAAUGCCUUCAGAUGUGAUGAAUGUGGAAGAUGCAGCACCAAUAGCCGUAACUUGGCCAAACAUAAAAAAGAAAUGCACACAGAAGAGGGUAAACAACGUCCGUUUGAAUGUGAUGUUUGUCAUAAGAAGUUUGCCAAUAAAACCAUUUUACGAACCCACAUGGAGGUACACGAAGCCGGUCGCGAUUAUGUAUGCAGCGAAUGUGGCAAAGGGUUUCCAUCGGAAAAUCGGCGCAAAAUUCACGAGCGAAUGGUACAUCAAGCCGAUCGGGUAUGUGAUCAAUGCGGCAAGACCAUACAUGGUAUUUAUGCCCUUAAACUGCAUUUGAUGGAACAUGCCGGCUACAAAAAACCAAAAUGGCCUUGCGAUGAGUGUAACGCCCAACUGAAUUCACAUUCAAGUUUGAAACGACAUAAGCUAAUAGCCCACCACGACGGUAGUACGGUUUACAUAUGCAGUGAAUGUGGCAAGGUGUUUACAUCAGAGAACGCAUUGCGAAGUCACAAGAGAAUUGUUCACUUAAUAGAACGAAAGUUCAAAUGCAAUAUAUGUGAAAAAGCCUUUAAGUUUCCGAAAAUAUUACGUGAACAUAUGGCAUCACAUACCGGCGAAGAUCUCUAUCAGUGUCCGCACUGUCCGAAAACAUUCAAGGUUAGCGCUAAUAUGCAUCAUCAUCGAAAAAAGGUCCAUCCAAAGGAAUGGGCUGAAGCUAGGAUAAAUAAACCGGUAACGAAAAAAGUAGAUAUAGCUUUGGUAUCCAAUGAAAUUAUUAUGUAAAAAGUGCACAUUUCUAUAGAAUAAAAAUUUCAUGUAAAAUAAAAAAUAAUAAUAUUAGUAAAUAAUAAUAUACAAGGUAGGUCAUGGAAAACACAGGAGUACGAUUUUUUGCAU